AUGGCUGCCGACCCUUCCUCCAACUCCGGGAACAGCCCUCCCAAGGACGACCAGGACGCCUCGAAGCCCGGGUCGUCACCUCAGACGACGUCUCAGGAAUUGGAAGACGAAAAGCACACCGAGAAUAAGUCAGUGAAUCCGGAAGAAAACGCUCAGGAAAAGCCAGAACAUCAAGAAGGUGAGGAAAAGAAGAAGGAGGAGCAAGAGGAGGGAGAGGGUUCAGCUGCGCCACCUUUACCAGACGAGGCCCCGCCACUCCCCAACGAAGCGCCGCCAGGCCAGGAGGAUGAUGGAUGGGAAGCGAUCUGGGAUGGUAAUCUCCAAGCGUACUAUUUCUACAACCGGUUUACGGGGGUGUCGCAGUGGGAGAAUCCACGCGUGCCGGAGGCCUCGAUGAGCGCGUCGGGAGUGGCAGAGCAGGUGUCGCAAUCAAGGCCGGUGGCCGGUGGCUACAAUCCCGCCAUUCAUGGCGACUAUGAUCCCACGGCUCCUUAUGCACAGCAAUAUGAGCAGGACCGCCAGGCUGCCGCCAGCAAUGGUUCCGGGACUGACCCGAGUCAAAUGUAUACGGCGACCGCAGCGUUCAACCGGUUCACAGGCAAGUGGCAGUCGACAUCCUUAACGCCGGAGAGAUUCAACGAAGAAAACAAGGCUCGACGACAGAUGCACGCUUAUUUUGACGUCGACGCCGCUGCCAAUAGCCAUGAUGGAAGGAGUCUGAAAGCCGAGCGAAGUGCAAGGAGGCUCACAAAGAAGGAAUUGAAAGCCUUUAAGGAGAAGAGGCGAAUAAAGAAAGAAGAAAAGCGGAGAGCAUGGCUACGAGAUUGA